CGCGUUUGUUGCCGGGGUUGGCGUGCACGCGUACCCGUUUCGUGAUCCCUGUGUGAAUGCUGGAGCGCGAUGGCGGCGUGCCGGGGAUCCUCUUCUAGAUGGUUCUUUACCCGGGAGCAGCUCGAGAACACGCCGUCCCGCCGCUGUGGUAUUGAGCCAGAUCGAGAACUCUCGUACCGACAACAAGCGGCAAACCUCAUUCAAGAUAUGGGCCAGCGGCUCAACGUUUCUCAGCUGACAAUAAACACUGCAAUUGUUUACAUGCAUAGAUUUUAUAUGUACCAUUCUUUCACGAAGUUUCACCGAAAUAUCAUAUCUCCCACUACAUUAUUCCUGGCAGCAAAAGUAGAGGAACAGCCACGGAAGCUUGAAUAUGUCAUCAAAGUGGCACAUGCCUGUUUAAAUCCUCAAGAGCCUCAGCUAGAUAUCAAGAGUAAUGCAUACCUCCAACGAGCUCAGGAGCUGGCAAUACUUGAGACCAUAGUGCUACAAUCUUUAGGUUUUGAAAUUACAAUUGAGCAUCCGCAUACUGAUGUUGUGAAAUGUUCGCAGCUAGUGAGAGCAAGCAAGGAUUUGGCACAGACUUCCUAUUUCAUGGCUACCAACAGUCUGCACCUCACUACAUUCUGUCUCCAGUACAAGCCAACUGUGAUAGCUUGUGUAUGCAUUCAUUUGGCUUGCAAGUGGUCCAAUUGGGAAAUUCCUGUAUCAACGGAUGGAAAGCAUUGGUGGGAAUAUGUAGAUCCUUCCGUUACACUUGAGUUGCUGGAUGAACUCACACAUGAAUUUCUGCAGAUUCUGGAGAAGACUCCCAACAGGCUUAAACGAAUUCGAAACUGGAGGGCUAACCAAGCUGCUAAACGACCAAAAGCCGAAGGCCAAGUUACCGACAAUACUUUUCCUGGCUCUUCCUUGGUCCAGAAUCAAUCUUUGGUGGACAAUCUUACUGGCUUGUCUGGAAAUGCAGCAUUUCCCAAACCACCUUCUUCAACAUCCUUCCCUGUAACCCUGCCUUCAACUUCAGGUGGAGUUUCUCUUGAUUCUGUUAAUGUGGUAGCUACAACCAUUCAAAGUACCUCAUACAACUUCACAGCACCAAAUGACUGUGCACAGCAUCAGGAUCAAAGCAGGUCAGAUAUGUAUUCUGUCAAACAUGAGAUUCUCAAUCUUCAACAAGGAACAUCUGGACAGCUACAUCCUGCCGCUCUUCAUCACAGACAGGAUAAGUGUACUGAUUAUUCUAGUAAUAAACAUGAGCAUAAAUCAAGUAGCAGUAAACAUCAUGUGUUGCUUGCUCCCUCACAUAACCCUACACCACAGAAAAUGACCCUGGACAAAUACAAAGAGAAACAUACUGCCGAGUUUGCUCUGCACAAGUGUAAAGUGGAAAAUCUUGAAUUGGAAAAUCAGACUUCUUUUACUGUUGCUGCACAGGGGAUGGGUGAUCAGCAGCACCAUAAAAAACAUCAGCUCCAACAGAUCUCAAGCAGUGUUAUGACUUCUCCAAUUAAAGUGAAAAUUCCUAUAGCAAAUGCAGAGAAGACUGAAAAGCAUUCUUUGGACAAAAAAGACAAAGCUAGUUUGCUAAAAUUGCGAAUUCCUAUACUACCAGCAGAGAAAUCUAGCAAAGAGGAGUUAAAAAUGAAAAUUAAGGUAUCUUCUGAAAGGCACAGCUCUUCUGAUGAAGGCAGUGGAAAGAGUAAACAUUCCAGUCCGCUUAUUGGAAAAGAGCAUAAAGAAAAACACAGGGAACAUUCGUCUCAUCGCCACCAUAGUGGAAGUCAUAAACAUUCCUUGCUACAUUCCCACUCACAUAGUGGGAACAGUAGCACAAGUAAACUGAAUACUGAUGGAACUGUUACAGCAGCUUUGAAGAGCCCAGUUGGUCUUGGAAGCGAUGGGGGAACCUCCAGUUCCAGCUCUUCUAGGAAGAGGUCGCAUGCAGAUGUCAGUCACAACCAUCACUCCAAAAUGAGCAAAAGUUCCAAAAGUUCAGGUAGUUCCUCUAAUUCUUCCUCUGUAAAGCAAUAUGUAUCCUCUCACAACUCUAUUCUUAACCUACCCUUCCCCCCUCCUCACCCUGUCACAUACCAGGUGGGCUGCGGACAUCUCAGCACCCUUGUGAAACUGGACAAGAAACCAGUGGAGACCAACAGCCCUGACGAUAACCAUGAAUUCAGUGCAAACCGUCAGCAUAUGGACUACAAAGAUACAUUCGACAUGCUUGAUUCGCUGUUAAGUGCCCAAGGAAUGAAUAUGUAAACUUUGAAGUUUUUUUUUUUUGUUUUUUUUUUUUUAUUAGAAAGAAAAAAUAUAAAUGCAAAAAAAAUGGAUUGAGAGGUGAAGGUUGCUUCCUUAUUUGUAAGGCAGCAUUACCUGUUGCUGCUUCUGUUUUCAAUUUCCAUAUUUGCUGCUUUGUCCUGUUUGGAGGGGGAACACAAAAAGCAAAAUUAAUGUAAAAUUAUUUCCACAAAUGAGAAGUAUUAUAAAUACUGUACAAGCAUGAAAGGUGCAAUUUCUUUUAUUUAACAGUAUUUCCACAACUGUAAACAUGCAGAAAGAUGAACGGCUGCUUCCAAAAGUCAGAUCCCUUUAACAUGAAGGUCUCAAUCUCACUGCAGUCUAGAAGGCAAGGUUUUAGUUACUUAGUUUUGAGUGAAUGUCAUUGUUUUCUUAUAUAUAUUUUUAUAUUGUGUGUAUGAUUUGCAUGGUUCAAAUGAGUUUAAACUCAUAAUUGUUUACAGCAAGUGGAGAUAAUUGUACAUACGUUUUUGUAUGUUUAGCUAUACCAUACAUACUCAGGUUUGAAGCUGCUUGUAAGUAUAACAAAAGAGCUAUAUAUAGAGUGAAAACGUAUUGUAUUGUUUGCAAGAAUCCAUCUGUAAUUUGGGGGCAGCAUUACAGCUCUAUUCUUUGGAACAACAAGCUGCAUGACUGCCAAUGGGGCAUUUACUUUUUAUUUUAGGAAUCCAGCACUAUUUUAGUCGCUCUUGUAAGGUUAUAGAAUUUAAUUAAUUUAAGACUCUUGACUAAAGCUGGUUGCUAGAAUCUUUGCCUCUUCAAAUAAAUUAAGUACAGAAAACUAAAACAAAACUAUAAAUAAAACGUUUACAUAAUUUUUGCUGUGAAGUGCAUUUAAAAAUGUUUCUUGGCUUGAUGCUGUAGCCUAGAUGCAGAGCUGUUACUUGAUAAUGGUAAUUUAGGAUUAUUAAUGUGUUUAAUAUAAAAAAAAAUAAUUUGAGCAAAAAAAAACUGCAGUAAAAUCUCCCGUUUUGUGUUGUAUCUUUUUCCUUCUUGACAGUCCCAUAUGUACUGCUUUGUUCUUAAUUCUUACUGCGAUAAUUGUACCGAUUGACUAGUUCUAAUUUUUGUGUGACAAAUUCCAAAAUGAAGCCAAGAAUGAAUGUUUCUGGUACUUACUAUACUGUGGUUUAUCUCAUAAAUGCAAGCAUACAAAAGUUAAAUACAUACAAGCUCAUCAACAUUUUUCAUAUGCAUUCUAAAUAAAUCUGAAGAUUAUCAUGACCUAAA